AUGGAUGAUCGAUUGAUUAAUGUUCUAUUACUUGGUUCAGCAUUUAUGGUUUUAUUUACUGCAUUUCAAGCAACUGGCAUGAUAUCGCAAAGUGUGCUGGAAGGAGUCAAAAAUGAAACUACUCAUGGUAGUAGAUUUCAUGGAAGUGGUUAUAUCAGCUCGGCUAUUCUAUAUGCAUGUUUUGCUAUAACAAAUAUAUUUGCUCCUACUAUUGUAUCAAUGCUUCGACCAGCUGUUGCAAUGUUUCUCGGUGGAAUAACUUAUUUUCUCUAUGUUCUUUCAUUUAUUUAUCCAAUGACUUGGUCAUAUUAUGUUGUAUCAAUUUUAGUUGGUAUAGGUGCUGCUGUUCUUUGGGCAGCACAAGGAGUUUAUUUAACAAAUAAUUCUAAUGAUUUAACAACAAGUCGUAAUUCGGGUAUUUUUUGGGCUUUAUUUCAAGUUAGUCUUUUAGCUGGUAAUGUUUAUAUUUAUAUAUCAUUAAAAACUGAAAUGAUUGAUAGUGCAACACGUAUACCAUUAUUUGUGGUUUUUUCAGUUGUAUCAGCUGUUGGUUUAGUUUUAUUUGCACUUAUUAUAUGGCGUUCAUAUGUUGAAAAAAAUCGUGAUACUUUAAUUCGUAAUGUUGAAGAAAAACGAAAUACUUUAGUAGAUAUUGUUCAAACAUUAAAAAUAGCUGUUAAAUUAUUAAAAACACGUAAUAUGCUUUUAUUACUUAUACCGUUUGCGUAUUCGGGCUUUUCUACAACAUUUUUUCAAGGAGUUUAUGCAACAUGUAUUGGACAUUAUGUUAAAUAUGGAGAUACUCGAAAACGAUUAAUUGGUUUGCAUGGUAUUCUUGUUGGAUGUGGUGAAAUUUUAGGUAAAAAUAAUUGUAAAAAUAAAGAACGAAUGACGAAAUUAUACUUUAUAUUAAUAUGGCGUAAGCGUCGAGUAUAA